UGAGAGUCGGAGUCGUGGAGGCGGGCGGAGCGGGGCUGGGGGCGCACCGGACAGGGACACGAUCCAGAGACCACUGACUCUUGCUACUAAACGAGUCCCACAGUGCUGCCACCCAAAGCAGAGAAACAGUUGAGCUUGGGGGUUUAGAAGAUCGCCAUUUGCUCCGCCCAGGCCCCCCUCGAGCACUGUGAUGGCUGUCACUGCGCACAUCUCCAAAGAUGAGCUGGAGGAGCUCCGCGAGGCCUUCGACAAAGUGGAUCUCAACAGCAAUGGGUUCAUCUGCGACUAUGAGCUCCACGAGCUGUUUAAGGAGGCCAACCUGCCGCUGCCGGGCUACAAGGUGAGGGAGAUCAUCCAGAAACUCGUGCUGGACGGCGACAAGAACCAGGAUGGCAGGAUCAGCUUCGACGAGUUCGUCUCCAUUUUCCAGGAGGUGAAGAGCAGCGACAUCGCCAAGACCUUCCGCAAAGCCAUCAACAGGAAGGAGGGGAUCUGUGCACUGGGGGGCACAUCUGAACUCUCCAGCGAGGGCACCCAGCAUUCCUACUCGGAGGAGGAGAAAUUUGCCUUUGUGAACUGGGUCAACAAGGCACUGGAGAGUGAUGGGGACUGCCGCCAUGUGAUCCCCAUGAACCCCAACACGGAUGACCUGUUCAAGGCCGUUGGAGACGGGAUCGUCCUCUGUAAAAUGAUCAACCUCUCUGUGCCCGACACCAUCGACGAGCGGGCCAUCAACAAGAAGAAGCUGACUCCGUUCAUCGUCCAGGAGAACCUGAACCUGGCACUGAACUCGGCCUCUGCGAUUGGCUGCCACGUGGUGAACAUCGGCGCAGAGGACCUGCGGGCCGGGAAGCCGCACCUGGUGCUGGGGCUGCUCUGGCAGAUCAUUAAGAUUGGGCUGUUCGCCGACAUCGAGCUCAGCCGCAACGAAGCACUGGCGGCUCUGCUGCGUGACGGGGAGACGCUGGAGGAGCUGAUGAAGCUGUCGCCCGAGGAGCUGUUGCUGCGCUGGGCCAACUUCCAUCUGGAGAACUCGGGCUGGACCAAGAUCUCCAACUUUAGCUCAGACAUCAAGGAUUCCCGGGUAUUCCACUCCUGAAACCAGAUCUCCCCCAAGGGCCAGAAGGAAGGAGACCCCAUCGCCAUCAGCAUGUCUGGGUUUGCCGAGAAGGACGACUUGCUGCGGGCCGAGCUCAUGCUGCAGCAAGCGGACCGGCUGGGCUGCCGACAGUUCGUCACCCCCACAGACGUGGUCAGCGGCAACCCCAAGCUGAACCUGGCCUUUGUGGCCAACCUGUUCAAUAAGUACCCGGCGCUCACUAAGCCUGACAGCCAGGACAUCGACUGGACACUGCUGGAAGGGGAGACCCGAGAAGAGAGGACUUUCCGGCAACUGGAUGAACUCUCUGGGAGUGAGUCCCACGUCAAUCAUCUCUACGGCGGACUUGCAGGACGCCCCCUGGUCAUCCUUCAGCUGUACGAGAGGAUCAAAGUCCCCGUCGACUGGACCAAAGUCAGACAAGCCCCGUACCCCAAGCUCGGGGCCAACAUGAAAAAAGGUCUGGAGAACUGUAACUACGCCGUGGACCUGGGCAAGAACCCAGCCAAAUUCUCACUGGUUGGCAUCGGCGGGCAGGACCUGAAUGAUGGGAAUCCAACCCUGACUGGCUUGUUGGUCUGGCAGUUGAUGAGACGAUACACCCUGAACGUGCUCGAAGACCUUGGUGACGGCCAGAAAGCCAAUGAUGACAUCAUUGUCACCUGGGUCAACCGGACGCUGGGCGAGGCUGGGAAAUCCACCUCCAUCCAGAGCUUCAAGGACAAAGCCAUCAGCUCCAGUCUGGCAGUGGUGGACCUGAUUGAUGCCAUCCAGCCUGGCUGUAUCAACUAUGACCUUGUCAAGACGGGCACCCUCAGUGACGACGACAAGCACAGCAACGCUAGGUAUGCCGUGUCCAUGGCCCGGAGGAUCGGCGCCCGUGUGUACGCUCUGCCCGAGGAUCUGGUCGAGGUCAAGCCCAAGAUGGUCAUGACCGUGUUUGCCUGUCUGAUGGGGCGGGGCAUGAGCGGGCAUAGGCGGGGCCGGCUGACCCCUCCCAACUCCCCACUGCCCCUCCCGCCCCCGCUCCCCCCUCCAUAGCCCCAGUGCCUGCCGACAUGUGCCCGCACGCCUGAGCGCGUGCCCUCGUGCGCCUGUGUGUGCCCACGUGGUCCCGCCCUUAUGUGCCUGUGUGCAUGCCCAUGUGCAUAUCCACCUGGGCGUGCCCACGUGUUCCGGGGGCUGUUUCCAGCCCCAAAGGCUGUGCCAAGGCUUGAGAACUGUCAGCGUUGAAAGGACUUUUGAGUUUUGCUUUGCAAAACAAGAUCCUUGUGUCCCCUCCCCGUCCGAGCCCAGACCUGGUGGCCGGCCAGCAGGAGCGGCCACCGGACCCUGCACCCCAUGCCCCGUUCCUAUCGUGGCUGUCCUGCGGCCCCCCGCCCAUCUCCCUUGGUUCGCCCUUGCCCAAGCUUGCCUGGCCCCACCCCUUCAGGGGCCGGCUCGAAGGUGGUGGGGGCCGGCCCCACCCCCACAGGCCCCCCCCCCACCCUUCGGAGGGUCGGGGCCCGUUGGGGUCGAGCAUCCACCCGCGGGGGUCGAUGGCAGUCGGCUGGCCGGCCCCCAGCGUGGCCACGGGAUCUUGGCGGCUUCCUCCCGGCCUGCAUCCCACCUCCAUCCUGCCCACACCUACCCUCAAGGCCUGCUCCGGGCCCUUGCCCCGCCCCCCCGCCCUGACCUCAUCCCCGGCAUAAUGAGGGAGUCCUUUGCGCUUCAUCUUCUCGGUAUCAGCUAACACCCAGGUGUUUCCAGCAGAGACCCCCACCCCCGCUCAGGGUCCCCACGUCCCCAUUCGGAGACACCCGGGGGUCCCCACGUCCCCGCUCGGCGAAACCCGGGGGUCCGAGCUUUGUGUCCACCGUUGGUCCGAGCUCGGUCCCUUGCUUAACUGGAACGAGUCGGAGAGGGGUUGUGGGGGGGGUGGGGGGAGGGUACGGCGGGGGCAGAGCCGGCGGGUCGACUCGGAGCCUCCAGGGAAAAGAGAUGAAAUUAUUUUUACACCACAACGGAACCCGGAGCGGGGGCGGCCGCUGCCGGCCGGGUGUCCCGGCAGGGCCGCUGCUCCUCAGCCUUGGAAUCCCUCCUGCUGCUGCUGCUGAUGCUGCUGUAGCAUGGUGGCAACAUAUCCAUUGAAGUAAAAACAUAAUAAUAACAGUAUUAAUCAUU